AAGAGACGUUCUUGCAUGGUAUGUCAUCAGAGGAGGAUGACGAUAUACUUCCAAGAGAAGGUGAAGAGUUGAAGACGAGGAAGGACAAGUAUACGUGUGUGAGGCUAUUAGGCAAAGGAGGCUAUGGUGCCGUUUACGAAGUGCUUCGAAAAAGUGAUAACAAGAUAUUUGCUAUAAAAUGUGAGAAGCUAUGUGCGAGAAAAAAGGUACUACCGAUGGAUUGCCGUGUCUUACGUGGAGCACAACUCAUAAAAAGUUGCCAUUUUUGUACAAUAGAAGAUAGAGGGAAGAUUGAAAACCGUUUCAUUUUUCUUGUCAUGAAACUCAUUGGCACAAAUCUCUGGGAUCUCCGGGUAGAACGAGAAUCCAUGCGAUUUACACUUAACACUUCCUUGAAAGCAGCUGAACAAUGUCUCAUUUGCAUAGAAGAACUGCACAGGCUAGGUUUUCUUCACCGCGACAUUAAACCGGGGAACUUUGCGAUUGGUCGACAAGACGCUAAUGAACAUCACAUCAUUUAUAUGCUGGAUUUCGGACUAUGCAGAAAAUUCCAGGAAAAGGACAAAGAUGUUCGAGUACCCCGAGAAGUAGCCCCAUUUCGCGGCACAACACGAUACGCACCGAUUGCAGCCAUGAAACAGAUCGAGCAAUCGCGCAAAGACGACUUAGAAGGAUGGAUGUACAUGGUCGUUGAGUGGACUUCAGGUGGUCUACCGUGGAGAAAAUAUAAGGCCGAUAAUCGAGAAGAAGUGUUGAAAAUGAAGGAAGAAGUGCGUGACAAAGAGGAAGCAAUGAACGUAUUUUUCAGAAAUUGUCCAGAAAGGGAAUACAAACGUAUAAUCAAAUAUUUGUAUGAACUAACUUACUUCUCUAUACCUGACUACAACUUUAUAUACUAUUGUAUACAACAUGCUUGUAAGGCCAACAACAUCAAGCCGACAGACCCGCUGGAUUGGGACAUGGCGCACGAAUUUGCAGGACCAACUGGGCCACCAGGAGACGGCAAAAUGACCGAUAUGAAAUUGGACGAGCAUGAAGAAGACUUUGGAGGUGAAAAGAAAGUAAAGGAAAAGGACAAAGGUCUUCAAAAACAAGAACAUAAAAUUUCGGCACCUGUUGGUUGAAAGAAAACAAUGUUCAUUGUCUUCAUGCUAAUCUACUAUCUGCAUAACGAAUUGACAUAAUGAGAUUGUGGCUUUGUUACUU